UUCUUAUUGGCAUUAUACAUAUAUGUGUGUAAAAGACCAAAAGAGCUUCCAAUAUUAGUAUUACCAUGGCAACACUUUUCUAAAUUCCUCCUGCCUCUUCUACACCUCUAGUCUUGGAGAGUUGAUAAGAAAAGCAGUGUAUGAAGAGAUAAAAGAAAGAGCAGUGAAAAGAUUGAGAGUGUUUUUAUGUUGAAAAAUGUCAAAAAUUUCAGGUGAUGAAGGAAGUUUCUCCUCGGCAAACAGUGUGGAAGAAGUUGAUGAAGAAAGCGAGCAGCAACAGCGACAAAAGCGGCAUGGCUCAACUUCUGGGGCUCGCAAUCAACACCAGUUGCAGAAGCAACCAACCAAGAAGAAAAGAAACCUACCUGGAACCCCAGAUCCGAAUGCUGAAGUUAUUGCUUUAUCACCAACCACAUUAAUGGCAAGAAAUAGAUUCGUUUGUGAGAUCUGCAACAAAGGGUUUCAGAGGGACCAAAACCUUCAGUUGCACCGGAGAGGUCACAAUCUGCCAUGGAAACUGAGGCAAAGAGCAAGCAACGAGGUGAAGAAAAGGGUUUAUGUGUGCCCUGAGCCCUCAUGCGUCCACCACAACCCAGCUCGAGCAUUAGGAGACCUCACUGGCAUAAAAAAGCAUUACAGCAGAAAACAUGGUGAAAAGAAAUGGAAAUGUGACAAGUGCUCUAAAAGAUAUGCAGUCCAAUCUGAUUGGAAGGCCCACCACAAAACCUGUGGCACCAGGGAAUACAAAUGUGAUUGUGGGACCAUAUUUGCCAGAAGAGACAGCUUUAUCACACACAGGGCCUUUUGUGACGCAUUAACCGAAGAAAACAACCGAGUAAACCCUUCAUUAACGAGUGGCACUGGCACUGGCACGACACCACCAAGUUUGCAAAAUGAAGUGCAGGAACUCAUGGCCACAAUGCCUCUAAGCAAUAGUCCAAACAACGCAGUAGCAGAAUUGAACAACAACUACGAGUCUAGUAAGAGGCCACUGAAAAGCCUAUCCCAAGAACAUGUUGUCCCAAUGGCAUUGAAGUCCAUGAACAUGAGGGGUUGCAUGUCCUCUACCACUUCAGCUACACUCUUUGGUGGUCCAAAAAACAUGUCACUCCCCUCAUCUUCCACCCUUCAACUCAGCCCCAACAACCCUCAUACUUUCAAUUACUUCCAAGACAGCAAAAACGCUGCUGCAUCAUCAGCCCACAUGUCUGCCACAGCUUUAUUACAGAAAGCAGCCCAAAUGGGUGCCGCUGCAACCAAUAAUAGCAUUAACUUUCCCACCAUGAUGCACAAAAGCUUUGUUAGUGCCAUCACUGGUCCUUCUUCCUAUCACCCCUUCCAUCAUCAAUCUCACAUGGCUGGGAUCAGUGCUGCUGGAGCCUUCACCGACCAUUUUUUUCACAAGGGGCACCAACAAAUGUCACCAAUACUUGAUUCCAACACCAGUGAUAUGGGAAUCUUCGGUGCAAUGUUCAUGGGAAGUGACCACGUGGAACAAGAGGUUGGUGGUAGUAGUUCAAGUUUGAUCCAUAGAAGAGAUGUAUCAGAAGGAACUUCAAGGUUUGGAGGCGGUGACAUGACAACGGUUCAUGAUUUCUUGGGCGUUGGGGGUGCAACUUCAAGAGCAGGGAGUUUGCAUGAAGCAGAGAAACAACAGCAGCAAAGUUUGGAGUUAGAAGCAUUAACCCAGCAGAGGUUACAAAUGGUUAAUCACUUUCACCACCACCUUCCACAUGGGGAUUCUGCUGUGGAGAAGUCCGUUUGGGACAUUUAACAACUGAUACAAACGUGCUGUCUGGUUUAAUUUAGACAAUAGAGAAGACAA